CAACCAGGAAGUAGGUCGGCGGCCCAUUGCCGGCGACUUGGUUCUGCCGCUGACGUCUCACCGGUCAAAUCCACCGACACCAGCGGCGCCCAGCGAGCGAACGAGCGGACCGCCGCUCCAUCUUCAGGCCGACUGCGCUCGUCCCUCGGCGGCCCGGCGGAGCGCGACGAGCCGCCGCCAAACCGCACCGCACCGCAGCCCGCUCGCUCGAGGAUGCAUUGAGGGGCGCUCGGCGCGAGUCAAGUGGACCGCGAGACUCGCUCCGAGGGUCAGCGGGAACCCGCCCCGCGCGCACACAAUGUCAGCGCCAAGGAGAGCCGCCUGAAGCGCCUCUUCCUCCUCACACGUCUGGAGCCCCGGCCUCCCGCGGGCCUGCCGGGUGGAUGAGCGGGACCGCCUGACCGCCCGGCCGGCGUGUACGUGCACGGGAGCGGGGGUGGGUGGGCGCGGGGUCGCCGCUGGCGGGGGGGGGCUCUUCGGCUUGCUUGGGAUGUUUGCAUGAGACUCCGACACUGGGCACGACUCUGCUCUGAGGAGGAGGAAGAAGAAGAGGACGAGGUGACGAGGACGAGGAGGAGGCGGCGGUGGAGGAGGAGGAGGGGGGGCCGAGCGUCUGCAGGAGGCCGGACAGACGAGCUCGUCCCCGGGGGAGGAUGUGAAGAUGGGUCCGCUGGUGGCGCUCGUGUGGCUCUGGAGCGGCUUCGUGCGCGGCGUGCACGCGCAGGGCGUGUACGCGCCACCUAGCGUUCGCAUCGUGCACUCGGGACAAGCCUGCAACGUGGAGGAGGAACGCCACAGCGAGCGAGUCUACACCAUCAGAGAAGGCGAAACGCUGGAACUGGUCUGCCUGGUGACCGGACACCCGCGACCGCAGGUGCGCUGGACCAAGACCGCAGGAGCAGGUUCGGAGCGCCAAGGCGACUCCGGGGCGCACAACGACACGUUGAAGAUCGAGAGCAUCGACCGGCACCAAGGGGGCCGCUACUACUGCAAGGCCGACAACGGCAUGGGGACCCCCGCCAUCCGAUCCAUCCGAGUGGACGUGUACUUUCUGGACGAGCCGCUGAUCACGGUGCACCAAAGCGUGGGCGACGCCAAGGAGCUGUUCUACUUCGAGAGGACGGUGUUCCUGCGCUGCGUGGCCGCGUCCAACCCGCCCGUGCACUACACGUGGAGGAGAGGUCGCCAGGUGCUGUCGCAGGGGGCCGACGCCGGCGUGGACAUCUACGAGCCCUUCUUCACGCAGGGCGAGACCAAGAUCCUCAAGUUGAAGAACCUGCGUCCUCAGGACUACGCCAACUACACGUGCGUCGCCUCCGUCAGGAACGUGUGCCACAUCGCCGACAAGAUCGCGCACUUCGGCCUCAGCAACAGGACGGCCCCGCCCUCCGUCAAGCUGCUCCUGGACGACCCGCUGGUGGUGAACCCCGGCGAGACGGCGACGCUGGUGUGCGCGGCGUCCGGCGGCGACCCCCCUCCCGCCCUCCGCUGGCUGCGUCCCGGCGGUGAGGCGCUCCCCAAGAGGAGCGUGAGCGAGGGCGGCGCGCUCACCAUCCCCGCCGUCACCGUGGACGACGGCGGCGCCUACACCUGCCUGGCCGACAACAACGUGGGCAACGCGGCCAGGAAGUCGGCCAACGUCCUCGUUCGAGGUCUGCGCAAGGCUCGCUUCUGGAUCACUCCGGACCCGUACCACAACGACGACCACAUCCAGAUCGGGCGCGAGGUCAAGAUCAGUUGCCAGGUAGAGGCCACGCCCCCCGAGGAGCUGCAAUUCAACUGGCUGAAGAACGGCCGCCCGCUGCGCAGCUCGGAGCGAAUGGUCAUCACGCACUCGGACGCCGAGAUGUCGCCGGGCGUCACCAACUUGGACAUCAUCGACCUCAAGUUCACCGAUUUCGGAACGUACACCUGCGUGGCGUCGCUCAGGGACGGAGGGGCUCCCGAGAUUAGCAUCGACGUCAACAUCUCGUCCACCACGGUUCCUCCUGAGCUGACGGUGCCCAGGGGGCGCUCUCACAUCAUCGCCCAGGAGGGCGAGGCGGUGGAGCUGCAGUGUUUGGUGUCGGGCAAACCCAAACCCGUCAUCCUGUGGUCCCGCGUGGAGGACGGUCCCGCCGCCGUGGCGGCCGGCGAGGCGGCGGCGCCGGCGGGGCCGCCGCCGCCGCCGCCGCUAUCCGAGGACGGCGCCCGCACGGAAAGCUACGACGGCGUGCUGAGGCUCGCCAACGUGACGCGGGAGAUGGGCGGGACCUACCGUUGCCAGACCAGCCAGUACAACGGCUUCAACGUCAAACCCCGACAGGCGCUCGUGCAGCUCCUGGUGCAGUUCCCGCCGGCGGUGGAGCCGACGUUCUCGGAGGUCCGCCAGGCUCUGGGCCGGGCCUUCUCGCUGACGUGCCGGCUGCUGCGCGCCCACCCGGCCCGCCUGCUGCGCUACGAGUGGAAGCUGGGCUCCCGCCUCCUGACCGUGGGCCAGUUCGACGAGCGGCGCGACGAGACGCACUACCAGGUGCGGGCGCUCAACCGCGAAGGCUACGGAGAGUACACGUGCGACAUCAGCAACGAGGCCGGAGCGGGGAGAUGCACCUUCCUGGUCACCGGGAAGGCGUUCCCCCCCGAGUUCUACUACGACACUCCCGGCGCCCUGUGGCAGAACCGGCCCCGCACGUACGGCUUCACGCUGCAGUGGACCCAGAUGGAGCCCGCCGGCGUGGACCGCAUCCUGGCCUACAGGCUGGGCAUUCGCCAGGUGGGGCAGGGCCGCCUGUGGGAGCAGCAGAUCCCCAUGGAGGCCAACAUCCACAAGGGGCAGCUGCUGACCCACAACCUGACGGAACUGGUCAUGCCCGAGUCCUACCUGGUGCGCCUGACGCCCAUCACGCGCUACGGCGAGGGCGACGCCACCGAGCGCGUCAUCACCUACCGCGCGCCGGUCAAUCCACACCUCAGGGAGUUCCAGUGUGCUUUCGAGGAUGAGGCCUUGUGUCUCUUCUCUCAGGAUAAAAGUGACGAUUUUGACUGGACGCGCCACAGCGCCGCCUCCCGCGACACCAAGUACACGCCCAACACCGGACCCAGCGCCGACCGGCGCGGCUCCAAGCAAGGGUACUACGUUUACAUCGAGACGUCCCGGCCCAGAUUGGAAGGCGACAAGGCCCGCCUCCUGUCGCCCUCCUUCAACACGGGCUCCAAAAGCGGCGCCGCCUACUGCCUGGCCUUCUACUACCACAUGUACGGCAAGCACAUAGGAGCGCUGAGCGUUUUCCUGCGGCAAAAAGGCACAUCGGAGGUUGCCGUGUGGAGCCUGAGCGGCAACCAGGGGGACCGAUGGCGCCGCGCCGCCAUCAACAUUCACCCCACCGCCGACUUCCAGGUGGCGCUGGAAGGGGUGCGCGGCGCCGGCAUUGAGGGCGACAUCGCCCUGGAUGACGUCACCAUCCAGGAGGGCCAAUGCAAAGACCCACCGUCCAACAACCUGAUCUCGCUGGCGCCGCCCCGCCAGCCUGGCAACUGGCUGCUGCACGUCAGCCUAAGCUUGACUCUGAUUGGGCGACAGAGGUGA